AUGCCCGCAGAAAACUCAUCGCCGGCGGCCGCGGUGCCUUCGGCGGCGUCCUCCGUCACCGCUCAAGCCACAGUCCCCGGGACACCGCAACGCGACCUCGAGACCGGUGCCAUGGCCAAGUCCGAACCUUCACCGGUGGCACAAGCUGCACCUACAAAGGUCACCCACUGGGACAUCGUCUUCCGCCCGUCCGGCCUGACCCCCGAGAUGCUCGCCCAUCAUUACCCCGGCGACGGCACCGAAGAGUCGCCCUACAUCGUGUCCUUCCUGCCUGUCGACCCUCGCGACCCGCUGCAGGUUCCCACGUGGAAGAAAUGGACGUACACGCUCAUCAUGGCCUUAGCAACGCUCGGUAUUGCCUUUGUCAGUACGGCGUAUACUGGUGGCUUGUCUGAGGUCAUGGCCACCUUCCACGUGUCCACGGAGCUGUCCAUCCUCGGUAUCUCGCUUUUCGUGCUGGGAUUUGCCAUCGGCCCGCUCAUCUGGGCACCGUCCAGCGAGUUCUUCGGCCGCCAGAUUCUCUUCGUCCUCACAUACACCGUCUUGACCCUCUUCAAUGUCGGCGCCGCCGUCUCGCAGAACAUUCAGACGCUCAUCAUUAUGCGCUUCUUUGCCGGUGCCUUUGGCUCCUCGCCCCUGACAAACGCAGGCGGCGUCAUUGCCGACCUGUUCUCGGCCAAGGAGCGUGGCCUGGCCACGGCCGUGUACGCCGCUGCUCCGUUCCUCGGCCCGUCCUUGGGCCCCAUUGUUUCUGGUUUCCUGGGCGACGCUGCCGGCUGGCGCUGGGUCGAGGGUCUGAUGGCCAUCUUCACGGGCGUCAUGACGAUCAUGGGCGGCCUGGUCGUACCGGAGACGUACGCGCCGGUUCUGCUGCGCAAGCGUGCGGCCGCACUGUCCAAGCACACUGGCAAAGUCUACGUCUCCAAGCUGGACAUGCACCACCGCGUGGCCGGUGCCAAAGGACCCUCCAUGGCCGCGCAGUUCCGCACGGCUCUGUCGCGGCCUUGGAUCCUGCUGUUCCGAGAGCCCAUUGUCUUUGUCUUGUCCAUCUACAUGGCCAUCAUCUACGGCACCAUGUACAUGAUGUUCGCCGCCUUCCCAAUCAUUUUCCAGCAGGGCCGUGGCUGGUCGGCCGGUAUUGGCGGCCUGGCCUUUUUGGGCAUUGCAGUUGGCAUGUCCACGGGCGUAUCGUAUGCCAUGUUUGACAACCGCAGCUAUGCGCGCAAGGUCGCGGCGUCGCCCGACGGCAUGGCGCCGCCCGAGGCGCGUCUGCCUGCGGGUGCCAUUGGCUCCAUAUUGCUGCCCAUUGGCCUGUUCUGGUUCGCAUGGACCAAUGCGGCCCCCGUCCACUGGGUUGUGCCUAUCGUCGGCUCUGGGUUCUUUGCGGCUGGCAUCGUGCUCGUCUUUUUAAGUCUGAUUAACUACCUGAUCGACUCGUACGUCAUCUUUGCCGCCUCGGUGCUGGCUGCCAGCACAGUCAUCCGGUCGCUCUUUGGCGCUGCUUUCCCCCUGUUCACAACGUACAUGUACAAGAACCUGGGUGUCCACUGGGCCAGCUCGAUCCCUGCGUUUUUGGCCCUUGCCUGCGUUCCCUUCCCCUUCCUGUUCCUGCGCUACGGCAAGGCCAUUCGCAUGCGCUGCAAGUAUGCCGCCGAAGCUGCCGAGGUCCUUCAACGCAUGCGUGCCGACCAGAUACAGCAGCAGCAGAACCCAUCUGGUGCCGAGGAGGUGAACGACGCGAUCGACGAGGACGACGCCUUUGCUGAGGCCGAUGCGCACGAAGCCCAGCAAAACCGCGAGCAUGGCCUCGAGAAGCAGGCCACCAGCACCGAGGGCAAGGCCCUGAUAUCGGAUGGUGCCCUGGCCGGGACCAGUCGCAACGUCUCGGACGACGACAACGCUGAUCUCAAGGAGAAGCCGUAG